CCUUUGACAAAUGGUACCUUCCUGAGCCACUGGCAUGGUCUUGUUUUACAAAGCUUUGGAGAAAGAUGGUUUCAAACUCAGGCUUGCCCUUUCGGAAGAAAAUAUUUUGAAGAGUGAACCUUGAUGGAAAGAGAUGGAUAAGCAGUACUCAGUGGAGUUCUUUACCUCCUUUGUGGAGCAGCUUCAAGAUGUGUGUCGCAACUACCUCCAGUUCAGUCAGUUUGUUGAGGUCAGUGGCUAUGUGUGUGUGGAGAUCGACAACAUGAAGAAGGAGAGAUACGUCCUGAGUGAACUGCUACAGAACAGUGGUAAUGUGGUUAGUGAGAGCUACUGUACAAAGUCGUUUGAGACAAGUGGAAGAACUACUAGUAAGUCUUUUUUUCAUCAUGCUCAAAUGGACUCAAGUCAAACCGAUCUGGGGACCAACAGAAGUUGGGGACAAGUAAACAAGGAAAAUAUGUUCCGUCAAAAUCGCAGAAAAAGACCCUAUCCUAAUCCUGAGUUGUACCGUUUUCAGGAUACCACUGAUGCAGGACAACACUCUCAGUCUCCAAUCUCUUGUGACCAGGAGGCAUCAAAUGAUGGCUUUUCACACCCAGUUGAUGUUAAAUUCCAGAGAACUCCAAGUAGUAAGGCCAGCAUUGUAAGGCACUUCAAUAUCACCAAACCAGCAACACAACCUUUACCAACCAGUAUUCACUGUGACCCAGUGUAUCCUGCAGCUAGUCCUUCUGAUGAAAGAACUGAAAAGUUUGAAAGUUAUCAACCUCCGAUAUCAACAAAUUCUUCACCAUUUGUUUGUGGAACAUCUACCGAUUCUAGUCCUGCACCUGAAAACCAUGGUCUCGGUACAGACAUCAUGGCAAAACCAGCAGUUCUUGAUAAAACUGUAUUAGAUGAAAUCCUUGUGACUUUACCCCAGAGAACAUCAGAGCAGCCACACCCAGAAUCUGUUACAGAAACUGAAGAAGUCAUAGAUCUGGAUCUGUUUGAGGAUGAUCUGGACCUGGAUGAGGAAAGCUGCCAGGCUGCUUCUGGGAUAGCUCCAGUUCAUUCUUCAGGCACAGUUCAGAACAGGAGGCUCCAUUUGAGCCCAGGAACUCAGGUGCUUGUCAGGAAUUCGGUGAAUCAGUUCAAAAGGUUUCUGUUUGAGAAAUAUCAAGAAGACUUUGAUUUAGUUUCAUGUACUCCAGAGAAACUGAACAUGUUGUUGCUGGAUUAUUUGAGAGAGGCCAGAAAGGUCGAUGGGGGAGAAUUGAAGGGUCGUUCACUGAAAUGUGUCCAGGAACGUCUUGACAUCUUCUUAAAGGAUGCAGGCUAUCCUUAUUCAAUCACCAAAGACAGAGAGUUCCAGUUGUCCCGAGAUUACCUCAAGAAGAAGAUUACUGAAGAUGGGAAGACUGUGUCUCCCAAACAUUCUCCAGUGGACAGUAACGACAUCGAAUUACUCUUCCAGACCGGUCACCUUGGAGGACACAGCUUGGAAACUCUCAUUAACAGUAUGUGGUUCCUAAACUCGAAGUUCUUUGGACUCAGAGGCCCAGCCUAUCAUGUGGACUUGAAAUGGGGUGAUAUUGUCCUGAAGGCUAAUCAUGAGGGCCAUGAGUAUUUGGAGAGGAAGCUGAACAGUGCUUUCUCCCUCAAGGUUUAUGAAAAACCAGAUAAUCCGUCAAGAUGUUUUGUCAACAUGUACAAGCAGUACAGAUAUUUGAGACCAAAGAUAGCUAUGGAUGAAGGGUAUUCAUUUUACCUGAAGUAUAGUAGGGCCACUGGCCAGGACCUAAGGUACCUGCCAGAGCCAAUGGUUUAUCAUCAGUUCACCAACAUCUGGAGGAAGAUUGUUGUUGCUUCAGGUCUUCCUCUGAAGAAGAAGAUUAUGUGAACCGUGGUGUUUAGCUUUGUUAACAGGGUCUGUGGUUUCACUGACAUGGACAAAAAUACAUUCUAGUUUUUUUACAUUGGCGUAGAAAGGUGAGGACCCUAAGGAUAAUCUUUCUCAGUGACCCAAAAAUUAGAGAACUGCAUAACGAAAUAAUUAAGUAGAAGUUUAUAGAGAGUAGUCUAUCAUACAAACACUGAAACAAAUAUACCCAAUGCAGCCCACGAAUAUCUGGCCAGUCUGGAUUACCAGUUUCUGAAAGAAAGUCUUUGGGAUCAUUUUAUUGUAUUAUAUGAAUAUAAUUUAGGAACUGUAUAGUAGGUUUGCUUCAGAGACUAGUAUUAGUCUACAGAGUGUCUUUAGGACCACGAUUCACAUAGUUUCAUAACCUAGACACGUUAUUUAAACAAAUGGGGCGGUUGGGUAGCCUCGUGGUUAAAGUGUGCUCUCGUCACGCUGAAGACCCGAGUUCGAUUCCCCACAUGGGCACAACAUGUGAAGCCCAUUUCUGGUGUCCCCCUGCCAAAAUAUUGCUGGAGUAUUGCUAAAAGCAGUGUAAACCAUACUCACUCACUAUUUAAACAACACUCCAUACAAAUCUGUUACAGCAAAGCAAACUUGUCGUAAGAGGCGACUAAUGGGAUUCAAUGGUCAGAUUCUCUGACUUUGUUGACAUAUAUAUUGUAGGAAUUGUUACUCAGCAUUAUGUAUUUUGAUUAUAUCUGAAUUCUUUUGAUCACAUUUAUCAACAUUUUGAUGAUUGUGAGAAAUAUAUUUUGUAUCAUCAUUACAAAUUUCUUUGUUGCAUAUUAGUAAAUAUGGAGAGUUGAUCAAAUGUAUCAGCUGAGGCAGUUG